AUGGCCACGGCUGUGGCCUGCGGGGCGUCCUCACUCUUUCCCAAUUGGGAAGUUUGCCAUGUCUCAGAUCCCCCUCAGGGAGAGUUUAACGCUUACGCCAUCUUCCUCCUCUCCAUAAUCACCCCAAUCUUUUUGAUGCUCAGCGCAUUCUCUGUAUUUAUCCACAUACGUAUUCUAUCGCUCACUACCACUUCACUUCCUGGACAAGAGACUGGACAAGACGACCGCGACCGGCGCAGUUGCGCUGAAGAGAAGUCAGAGAAGGACGAAAUGGCACUCAACUCGCUAGUGUACUCCGCGGACCUCCUCGAUAGCAGGCUAGAAGAUAUCCAAAUUCAACCAUUAUCGCCGCUCUAUCAGAAGGCUUCCCAAAAUGAGAACCACCACAUGCUCAUUGAUGGCCCGGAGGAUUUGCUCGGCAGUCUUGUGGAUAACCUGAAAAUUACUGCAUUGGCUCCCAAACAUAAUCCGCGUACUCUACCCCAGCGCCGCACUCUCGAUGCGUUACCUCCUAGCACAAAGCCCAAGGACGCACCCAUCAAGCCUGUCAAGUGGUAUGGAGAGAUAUCUUGGUCUCUGAAAGGAACCAGUGUUUUCGAUGACGCUGAACAAGAGCUCGACGCAUUCAACAAUCGCAUCAACAUGCUCGACCACCGCAAGCCCUACGACGAGCUCUGGAUUUUCCAGUACGGCCUUCGCUACAUGCCCUCCGCGCCCGACGAAAAUGUCUAUCGUACCAUACGCAUCGAUGAUAUACCGUUGGAUAAGACUCUCAAUAACAUCCUCCCGCUCGUCGUAGGUGAGAUUUAUAGUGCUCGCCUCGCGGAUACAUGCAACAUCACCGGCCACAACACUGCCAUGAUCACCUUCAUUUCAGAGAACGAUGCUGCCCGUUUCGUGGCUGGCGCUGCCAACAGAACCGUUACUCUACCAUUUGGAAGGGUCGUUCCCGUUCACACCCCAACCUACCCGAUGCCCGCCGAUAUUCAGAAGUCGAUCAUGCAUGGAGGGUAUACCCGUAUCCUAGGCAUGUUCCAUCCCAGACCUACACUCAAAAUGGAGAUCACUCGUGCCAUGACCAGUCCGUACCAGAGGCAUGCCCUACAGCUCGAAAGUAUUGUUGAUGGUCCUGGAGUUGGCGAAGUCUCGAUAAAGAUGCUUUCAGUCAAGGCAGCCGCAGUGGUGUUCGAAUGGUUGAUGAACCAUCCUACUCUCGGCAAAUGUCAGUUUCGAUUCCUGAAGCAAGAUGGCACACCUUCUGUGGACCCUGAGAGUGGUAAUGGAUCUGAGGAUGCAAACUGGUGA